AUGCUUAUUUCCUCGUUCGUCAGAGAACGAGGUAUGAUUGUCCAUACCAAAUACCACCGAAAAGUUGAGGCGAGUCAAGGUUAAGAUCAAUACAUAUAUCGAAUAUGUCCCAAGAGCGGUUAGUAUAAAAACUGAAAAGCAACUGAACUUAAUCAGUGGAUAUCUUCCAGUCUUAAAACAAACAUCAUGAACUCAAUCGCUGUUGUAGUUUUCUUUGCCGCCGUUGCUGCAGCAAGCGCAGGCAUAGUAGCUCCCAGUGGUUUGAUUGCCACCUCUUAUGCUGCACCAGCCCUUACAGCCUACUCUGCACCCCUUGCCUACAACGCACCUCUGGCCUAUUCUUCUCCCCUUGCUUACACCGCCUAUGCAGCUCCAAUUGCCUCUCUUGGACAUGCUUCUGAAAGUACUGUUAUUGCUGGACCUUCUGGUACCAUCACCAAGAGUGUAUCUACCCCAGCGAUUGCUGCGAGAUACGCUAUUCCCAGUACCUAUGCUUAUGGUGGACUCUAUUUGUAAAUGAAUGAAUUUUUGAGACUGAAAUAAA